UCUGCCAUGCAAAAAGAUGCUCCUACUUUUCCUUAUUUUCAUUUUGGCCCCUCCUUCACUCCUCAAAACCCUACCAGUCCUCCACCACCUUCUCCACCCUCCACCACCACUCUCUCUCUCUUAAAGCUUCACGCUCUCUCUCUCUCUCUCUACACUCUAAAUAUCCUUCACACAUUAUCUCUUAUUGACAAAACACACACACACUCUCUCUCUCUAGAACUACAUUACUUCCCCUUCAUCUACACAGGGACCAAUGGAGGCACCAGACUUCUUCAUCGGCGGAUACUUCGGCAGCGGAGCUGCGGCUGAUUUCUUUCCGGAUAAAAGAAAUUCUGAUCAGAAACCAGGAGACCACUUUGCUGUUGAUGACCUUCUCCAUUUCCCAAACGAUGAUGAUGCUAUAAUGACUGAUGGUUUUUUUGAUAAUAUCACUAAAAAUUGCACUGCUACUAUUGAUUCUUCCACGUUCAACUCCAAUGACAGCAGCAAUUCUUCCAUUUCCGGAAAUCAUGUCGGUCACCAGAGCUUCGCCGAUUCUCACUUCUCCAGCGAACUCUGUGUUCCGUACGAUGACUUGGCUGAGCUUGAAUGGCUCUCAAAUUUUGUGGAAGAUUCUUUCUCAACGGAACAAAACUUCCAAGCCAACCUACACAUUAUCUCCGGAUCGAAACCACCUACGCCGGAGUCAUCUUCAUCAGAAUCCCACCCGGAAUCAUCAGCCCGUAACCUUAACAACCCAAUGUUUCAGCCCGAAACUCCACUCCCCGGCAAGGCCCGUUCUAAGCGCUCCCGAGCUGCCCCUUGUGAUUGGUCAACGCGUCUCCUCCACCUUUCACAAGCCCCCAAACCGUCUUCCAAAAAACAAGGAAGUCACAAUUCGAAUCCCGCUGUAGAAGCUCCGGUCAGGAAGUGUCUUCAUUGUCAGGCAGAGAAGACUCCUCAAUGGAGGACUGGUCCCAUGGGACCAAAAACUUUGUGCAAUGCCUGUGGAGUCAGGUACAAGUCGGGUCGGUUGGUACCCGAAUACCGACCUGCAGCGAGUCCAACUUUUUUGUCGACGAAGCAUUCAAAUUCUCAUAGGAAAGUUAUGGAACUUAGAAGGCAGAAGGAAUUGCAAAGAGCACAGCAGGAACAGUUUCUUCAUCAAAGUUCGAUUUUUGGCGUAUCGAACGGUGGCGAUGAUUUCUUGAUUCAUCAUCACAGUGGGCCCAACUUUAGGCAUAUUAUCUAGUGGGUCCAAGAGUAGUUUUAGUUUGGUAAUUUUGCUUCAUCACAUUUGAAUUUGUAGCUUUUCUUUUUGGGAAAAAAAAUGAUAUAACUUGAAAAAAAAAAAAGGGAGUUUGCUCAAAAGAUGGAAAAAUUAGAAUUAAUUUGA